AUGUAUGGCCCGGAUGGGAGCAUUACAAAAUCUGGACCUGAUGAUGAACCAUGCGGAGGUGGUAGCGCUCCAAAAUGUGGGCCCUCUGAUGGCCCAGAUCGUAGCGUUCCAAAAUGUGGCCCCGAUGCUAUAGCAGGUGGAGGCGGCGGUGGGAUCUUGUAUAGUGGCGGGCCCUCAGAUGGCCCAGAUGGAAGCAUUCUGAAAUGUGGCCUUAAUGAAGCAACAGAUGGAGGCGGUGGGGUCUCAUAUAGGGGCGGGCCCUCAGACGGCCCAGACGGCAGUGUUCCAAAAGGUGGUGGGUCGGAGGAAACCUCUUCUUCCAAGAUUACAAGUUUUCUAGCCUCAAUAGGGCAAGAGGGAAAGCCCAAAACUACUGCAACCGCAAGGGCCACCCAUAAAAAUUUCCGACCGGUUAUCACCAUGUUUGUCUGUGCUUCUGUCGAUUUGAUUCUAGCAGGCUCUCCUUUGUGA